CUGGUCUAUGGCAUCUGAGACUGACAUAAUGAUUCAGCCAAACUGGGCACCUUCCAUUUUAAUGUAUUCAGCAUCUCUAGUUCAAUUUUGAGGAUAAUGUGGUGCUAAUGUUGAAGAAGUCCAUGUUUUCUGCGACAAUCUGAGGUGUUAAUAAGAAUGAUGAAGAUACCAUUACUAAGAAAUGCAAUAUAAAAUCAGCAGAGAUGAGGCAUGGCAAGAGUGCUUACAGCAGCAAGGUUGGGUUUUUAAAUAAGUGAAGUCUAAACUAGAAAUGAGGAAUGAAUAAUUUCAAAAGUAGUAGAGGAUAAAUACAAAUUUUGCUAGCACUUGUGAUUUUAUUCCUGUUAAGUACUGACCUUGAUUGUGCUAAAAUGUUGAACCAGUUGCCGGAAAUAGGCCAAAUUGAUCGAUUGCAGCAGAAUCCUGCUGGUGAACACUUCAGGGAAAUGAGGAAACGAGGAGAGGAAGAAAAAAAAAGAUGAGAGUAGGUGAAAAAGAGGAACAUAUAUCUUUUUAUUUGGGAAAGAGGCCAUUUCCAUGCUUGCAGCUGUUGCCACUCAUAGGAUGUCUAACUAGAGAGAGAGAACUUAGUGGAGAAGUGACUCAUACCCAGUUCAUAUUGCCAAUUAGUUUUGCUUGAAAGAUGAGAUCAAACAAAUGGGACCAUACAUAGAGGUCAACAGCUGAAUCAUUUUUUGGGAGAGGGACCAAAUUGAUUUCUUAUUGCCUUGCUGACCACAGUUCCAAUUCGCCUGGAUCAAGCUUAAACAUGACUUUAUGACAAAGCAGCCAGGAUUAAAAUACCUGUUAUCACUGCUUCGACUAAUUUUCUUCUAAGCUUGGCACUGAAGAGCAGAAGAAUGGACUUUUUUGGCAGUCUCAAGUCAUCUUCUAAUUGUUGACAGGGAAAUCAGGAGGUGAAGAAGAUACCAAGCAAUCUAAGAAUCCAAUAUCAAAAAAAGUAUCGAUCACAUGGAUUCCUGUAUCCAUCUGCCGACUCCGCCGACAUCCGUAGCGAUCGGUCAACAUGACAGGCAACGCGGUCUCCGCCUAACGGUUAAAUAAAGAUGGCCAAUGGCGAGAUCAUCGUCGUCCCCUUCCACGACUCCAGCCACAUCUUCCCGACCACCGAGCUUGCCAGCCGGCUCGCCUCCCGUGGUUACCGUGUCACCCUCCUCCUGCCGUCGGCUUCGUCCUCCUCCAGCUCCCUCCACCCUCUGAUCCGAAUCAUGGAGUACUCCAUGCCCCGACCUUCUGGUCCUCCUCCUCUUUUGCCAUCGUCGUCAUUGUCCUUGUCUUGCGCUUCCCCGAGGCCACACUCCCGGAAUGACUGCUCUGCCUUCCGUGAUCUUCUUGCCGAGCGAUUUAAUGGCGGCGGCGACGAUAUGUCUCCCCCGGUGUGCGUCAUCGUUGACGUGAUGAUGAGCCAGCUGCUGGAUGUCUGUGGGGAAUUCGGGGUCCUCGCGGUUCUUUUAUUCACUUCCAGUGCGUGCUCGACCGCCAUGGAUCACGCCGCGUCAAAGCUAUCGACGGCGGACCUCGGCCCGGGUGGAAUGGUGAGUGUUCCCGGCUUGCCAGAGGAGAUGGUUCUGACGGCCGCCGAUCUGAUGAGUCAGGGCCCGCCACCGCUGCCUUUUGGAUCGGGGGAUCUUGCUUUCGAAGAGGUUGCCACUGGGGCGGAUGAUGCUGGGCCACCGCCUCCACUGGUUUGGCCGUCGCCACCGUUGCCCGGCCUCCAUGGACGUCCGCCACCGCCACCACCGGAUUUUGGACUUCAGUAUGUGCCGCUGCUUCCGCGUGGAUGGGGGCACCAAGAUGGUCCUCCACCGCCACCACCGUUCCUACCGGGGCAUCAAGCUCGCCUUCCGCCGACCCAAAGCCGAGGGGUUCCAGUUGUCCCGCCACCGCCACCGCCACCGUUUCUGCCAGGAGGCGGUUUUGCCUCACCAAAGCUUCCAUUCGGUGGAGGCUCUCCGCCUCAAGCUAAGCCAGCAACCCCGAGUGGCCCGCCGCUGUUCCGGCUACGAGAAGGCGGCGGUCCAACCCCACCACCAGGGCCAUGGCGUGGAGGAGGCCCGCAACAUGACCUCGCAGAAACCAAGGCAGUCGCGCUUCUGUUCAACACCUGUGAUGCUCUGGAGCGGCCGUUCCUGGACUACGUCGCCGACGAAGCCAAGAAGCCGGUCUGGGGCAUCGGCCCUCUCCUCCCUUCCCAAUAUUGGUCCGCCACCGGCUCCGUCAUCCACGACAAUGCCAUCAGGCCCAAGGGCCGCGGAGACGGAGACGCCGCCAUCGCCUCCGAGACCGACGUCCUCGAGUUCCUCGACUCCAAGCCCCGUGGCUCGGUGAUUUACAUCUCCUUCGGGUCCCUGGUCGUCCCCAGCGACGCGGAGCUUGCAGCACUGGCGUCAGCCCUGGAGGAGUCGAGUCGGCCGUUUAUCUGGGCCAUCCAACCACGGGCCAUGAGGCACGACGCGGAUGGGCGGCCUGUGGAGGUAGGCGGCGGGGUGGGUUACUUCCCGGAAGGGUUGGCGGAGCGGGCGGCGGGGAGGGGGCUGGUGAUCCACGGGUGGGCGCCGCAGCUCCUGAUACUAAGCCACCCAGCCACCGGGGGGUUCGUGACGCACUGCGGGUGGAACUCGACGGUGGAGGUGCUCGGCCGCGGGGUCCCCGUGCUGACCUGGCCGGUGCACGGGGACCAGGUCUGGAACGCUAAGCUCGUGGCGAGGAGGCUGAGGACGGGGCUGGCGAUCAAGGACGAGCGCGGGGCGGUGACGAAGGCGAAGGUGGCAGAGGCGAUCGAGCGGUUGAUGUCGGACGUAGGGACGAGGGAGCGGGCAGCGGCGCUGGCGGGGGGGCUGUUCGCGGGAGGCUUCCCUGCGAGCUCCGAGGCCGCUUUGGAUGCUCUGCUGGAUUUCGUGGCGGCGAAGUGUCAGAGAAAAUGAACCAGGAUGACCGUUGAGAUCUCCAUGACGGCAUGAUCACAGCCGUCGAUUAUACUUACGCUGUAAAAUGAUCACGGCCUGUAAAAUGAUUACUAUAGCAAUCUAUAUUAUGCGGGUGUCUAUAACUA